GUGUGUGUGUGGGAGGGGAAACGCCGCUGAACAGAAAUCCUCUGCCGUGAAGGACAGGUCGGACCGGCAGCAGGCCUGAACUCCACAUCUGUCCCCCCGGCGGACGGUCGCGAUGGACUUCGUGCUGAGCGGAGCUGCUGCGUGCGGAGCCUGUCUGUUCACCAACCCGCUGGAGGUCGUCAAAACCCGAAUGCAGCUUCAGGGAGAGCUCCAGAGCCGGGGCAGCUACCAGGUUUACUAUCGCAACGUGUUCCACGCUUUUUACACCAUCGGUAAGGUGGACGGACUGGCCGGCUUACAGAAAGGACUGGCGCCCGGGCUGGUUUAUCAGUUCUUUAUGAAUGGAGUCCGGCUCGGCUCGUACGCCAUCAUUGAGUCCUCCGGAUACAUCCACACGAACGGAAGGGUCAGCGCGGCCAAAACCACGUUAGCAGGGGCUGUGGCUGGAGUGGUGGGUGCUGUGAUGGGCAGUCCCGUGUACUUGGUUAAGACCCAUCUCCAGAGUCAGUCCACCUCCUCUAUAGCAGUUGGACAUCAGUAUAAACACCAGGGGAUGAUCCACGCUCUGGCAGCCAUCUACAGGGAGCAUGGCAUUCUGGGACUGUGGAGGGGAUCCAGUGCUGCUGUACCCAGAGUCAGCGUGGGGUCAGCCGCACAACUUUCCACCUUCUCCUCCUCCAAGGAGCUUGUGCUUGACCUUGAGGUGUUCCCAAAGGACAGCUGGUUGGUGGCCUUGACUGCCGGCAUGAUCAGCAGUGUGGUGGUGGUGCUUGCUAUGACACCUUUUGAUGUAGUGAGCACACGGCUCUACAACCAGCCUGUGGAUCAUUUGGGCAAGGGACAGCUUUAUAAAGGAUUUGCGGACUGCUUUUCUAAGACGCUGAGGAAGGAGGGCUUGAUGGGACUCUACAAAGGCUUGGGAGCUUCUUAUUUCCGUCUCGGUCCACACACCAUUCUGUCUUUGUUCUUCUGGGAUGAACUGCGCAAACUGUACCAGCAGUUCAGAUAACACCAGGGACAAGGAAUUUGGAAAAUGGGUAACUCAUUAAGCUCUGAGUGCACAGGUUAAAUGAGUCCUCAUUUAAUGAGUGUAUUAUUGUGAGGGCAGAGAAAAACCAGGAGAUGCUUUCCUUUUUUUAUAGGAAGGAGAGAGAGCAAAGGUUAAUGUUUUACACUCCAAUAAGAAAACACAUUAGUACAGUCAAAAUGCAUCAGGAAGAAGGGGGGAAUCUCACAACUGUUGUCAGGAACUGAGCAUCCGACAGAUAUGCACUUGGAUUUGUCUUGGUGCCAUAUGUGCAGAGAUAUGAUAUAUGAUAUAUGAUAUAUGAUAACAUAGCUCUUAAACUCUUCAGUUAUGCCAUUCCAAAAGAUAUAAAAGAAUCAGCACAGCACACAACUCACACCUUCUGGAGAAAGCAUCAAAACAGGCCACAGUUUGAGAAAAAAAAACGAUUGUGCCAACUGACCAGGCAGCUGUUAAAUACACCACUUCAGACAAUUACUUGCAUUUACUUUGUAUUAGGGGCCAGAUGAAACAAGAACAGCGUCUUCUUUCUGAGAUGAUCUGGUACAGCCAAUUUCAUCUUUCCUUAGCUGUUACACAAAUAAUAGUAUAAACUGUGAACUCAAUGGGAAGCAUACUGUAUGAUUACUUGUCGAAAUAAAGAUAAAAGUAAACGCUGCUGUUUAGUCAUCUCAGGUAUCAGAACUGAUGAAAAUGUGCCAGUCAUGCAAAUGACCUUCCUUGUAUUGGCAGAAGUAUAAUAUAGAAACAGAAAGCAGAUUUUCCUGUAAGUGUUGUUGAAUCAAAGAGAACCUGCUGAUCCACUGGUGAGCCAGUGAGAACAAACCUGGUUGUGGAUUAAGAUGAGUUUUCUAAUCUUAAAUGGAAAAAAGGGAAAAUGUAAUGUAUUGUAAAGGAGUUCAAGGCAGCUCUUGGAAAAAGACUUCCGUUCAUGAAGGACAAAAUCUGUUAAAGCUGAGAAUCCUUCAAAGGUUUCAUUUUUAGUGUCCACAACAGAGAAAGGAAAUUCUGAACUUAGGGCAUGGUUUAGAUCUCAUGCAGCUUGUCUAGUAAAACUGCUAAAAGGGGACGUGAAAGUGAAUACAAUAUUAAGAAAUGAUUGCCAUAUACACUUUGAUGGAGUUGUGAUAGUCAGCAAAAUGAGCCAUUAGAAAUAGCAACACGUACCCGUUUAUACAGUUUCACUGAUGACAUCUAUAGUUUGUAACUUUUGAACCAGAGACCUGCGUACUGACAUGUACAAACACAGUUUAGUGCUCUUCAUUGUCCAAAUUGUUACUGAAUACACUAAUGUGUGUGUGUAUAUAUAUAUAUAUAUAUAACUAACGUCAUAUAGAUGUCACUAUUGCCUGAGCUAAACAUCUCUUUUGUGUGACUGGUGGUUAACUUAUUACUGCAAACAUUUCUGUUUUUAUUAUAUAUUACAACUGAAUGAACAAUUAAAACUAUUUUAAGUUAAAAAAAAAAACUAAAUUGGUUUGACUUUAAGUUCACGUAUCAUUGUCUGUGUGCUACAUGGCUUCAUAUUCACUGUUUCCUCUCGCCUCUGUGAUUACGAAGUUGUAUGAUUCAUCAUUUGCGUUUCUAAACACUGUUGUGUAAUGUGCUUCCUGUCCUACAAAUGUAUUAAUAAUUAAUUAAAUCCUUGAAUAAUUGUGACCUUUAGAAUAUUGAGACCAUCCUGACCUUACAAAGAUCACUUUUCGGUGUUGCCAGAUCAUCUUUCAACAUUGCCAAAAGAUUCAGUUAAGAGUCAACAAAAACUUUUUUUAAUCUUAGCUGCUAAAAUAACAUUGUGAUACGAAAAGCGAGUGACCAAAUGGUGUGCCUUAAUCAUCCAUCCAGAAUAAAAUAGAAAUAAAAUAGUUACUGAAGUGAGGUUUGGAGCUUUAAUCAAGUAGUACAAUUAUUAUAUAAUAAUACGUUUAAGUUAUAAGUUUUUUUGUGUGUUACUUUUCUAUGCUUGAUUUAUAUUAAAAUCAUUGUAUCAAAUUAAUACUGUAUUAAUAUUGUAGCUGUAGUGACAUAACUAUUUUAACUAUAUAUGACAACUGUGCCAACAUUCACAAAUAUUUUAUUUAUUUACACACACUUUAACUCAUCAUAUUUCAGUGUGGUUUUUUUUGGCCUUUAAAAAGUACUUCAGUUUAAGACAGAAGAGCUUUUUGUCAAAUACUUACUUAGUUAAUGAAAUGAAGUAUUUAAGUAGUGAUGUAUAUGGCAUCCAGCAGGUUAUUCACUUUUCUUCUUUGGGUUUGGUUUGGGGGCAGAAAAGUUAGCAUUAACACCAUGCUUGACAGCAUAAUGCAAUGUGCAGGUCAUUGUGAGCAUAUAUUACAUGUAAGUCCACUGACUCCAACAGCUCAGUGUCGUUAUGAUAAGUGGACCAGUGUGCAGUAGACUGUACAGGUUAGCCCAACAGUGCCAUUACCGCGAAAUGGAUGCUGUUGGUAACAGUUUUAAGUCUAAAGUGAUACAGAAUUCGUCCUGUGAGCCAGAUUUGGUGCUUUCUUCAUAAAGUGCACAAUAUUCUGAAGUGUCAAGAGUUUAUUAAUACAUUAUUAUUAGUGAUUCAAUAAAUACUGAACAGCUGUCAACACUAGAGCUCAAAGUGUCUGUCAUGACACAUGUAAGAACUGUACUGUAGCUUUAAGACCACUUAUUUGUCCUCUUAACUUACCUAAUACAACACAAGAGACAAAUGUUACUUGAGUUUAUUUUGUAUUAUGAAGCUGAAGUUGGUCUUCUUAUAUUGCCAUUGCCAUUUUUAUACGUGUGAAGCAACUUUCUUCUUCUGUCUUCUCUGUAAUGACGCUCAUUUGUACUAUAAACAAUGUAUGUGGUUUAUUAUGUAGUAUUCUUAACGGCCCAGUGUGUAACAUUUAGGAGGAUCUACUGGCAGGAAUUGAAUAUAAUAUUCAGAGGUAAUCUACCUACCUAUGUACUACCUAAUAGAGGAAUCGUUAAUUUAUUGUUUUGUUAACUUAGAUUGAGUCAUUUUUAUCAACAGAUACCUCGUUGCUUUUCAUAGAGGCUGCAUGUUGAACCACAUCGUUCUACAUUAGCCCAGAAGGGACAAACCAAACACUGGCUCUAGAUAGGUGCUUUUGCGUUUCCCAUGCAUUCUCCUUUGCACGUGGAAGAAGAGGCUGAAGUGACGGAGUUGCGAUCUGCAACUACACAUCUACAUACCACUAAAUCCUACACACUGUUCCUUUAAGUCUGUUUAAUGAACGUUUUCUUGAUUUAUCUUGAUUGGUCAAAAUAAUCCAUAGCGAUAUGUAUUAUACACUGACAAUUAUCAUAAUUAGGGUUUCACAUCUGACCAGAGAUGAUUACUGUCAGACAAACCUUGUGCCAUUUGAUGUCUCAGACACCAAAAAUAUCCAACUAAUCUGCACGAUGACUCCUUAAAACAAAACCAAGCCAGAAACCAGAAACCAAACUGUGUGAACAAUUACUUUAUAGAAUGAUCCUUCAAUCAGAUUUUAACAUGGUAUGCAUUGCCGUCCACUACAUGAGCCAUGCCAUUAUAAUAAAGCCAGUUUGUUGUGUCAUUGUGUUAUGAGCAGUCUACAGUGACUACAAACUAAGAAGUUACUGGCUACUUAACUUUAGGAGCACGAUAAAAAAUUCUAAAAUUGUAAAAAAAAAAAAAAAAAAAAGUUGGAAAAGGUACUGAUGAUGAUGUCAGAUACAUUUAAUAAUGCUAUAUGUAGUUUAAUUAGUUUUUUGUUUGGAAAUAAAUCAUUUGCAGAAGGUUGCAAUAUAAGGUCUCUGAUGAUUUGUGUAUCAUGAAAGCUGAUGACAGGUGUUAUAGAGUUGAGAUAUUAAUGAAUGUUACAUGCAGCAGCUUGGCAAUGUUUCAUGAAUGUUACAAACUGCACUUCCUGUUAUGGGCAGCCAAUUUUUCUGUGCAAUGGACUUGAAGAGAAAAUAAAAUAUCAGUCUUUUUAUUAUCA